CCUGUAGUUGUUUUUACUCUAUUUUUUUUCUUUAAUUUUAAUUUUCCUCAACAAAGAACAAAGCUUUGAGCUUCCCCCACUAUAAAAUCAACCCACCAUUUUCUUUUCCCACUCACUUUCCUUUCUUCAUCUUUGUUUUGCUUUGAAACAACCCAAAGAUCAGACCUUCUCUAAAACAAAAAAACCGAACCAAAACGCUAAAAAUGGAAUCAUCUGGACGUUCAAGGAGGCCUUGUUUCAUUGAAGAAGAUAAUGGGUUGGCUUCUCUUGCAGUUAUGGAGUCUGGGUAUGCAGGAAUUCAUUGCCAAACUCAUAAGCAAAAUGGAUUUUUUUCAAGACCUCUUUGUUACUCAAGGAGAAGUAGUUUGAGGAAUCUGCCAUCAUCAUCAUCUUCAUCUUUUUAUUGUUCUUCGGCUUCUUCUCCAAGGUCUGGUAGGUUUUGUGAUGCCAGAUUUGAAGACCAUCAGCCCCAUUUCUUGGAUGCUUGUUUCCUUUGCAAGAAGCCUAUUGGGGGUAACAGAGACAUCUUCAUGUACAGAGGGGACACACCUUUUUGUAGUGAAGAGUGUAGACAAGAACAAAUAGAGAUUGAUGAAGCUAAGGAAAAGAACCAUAACCUUUCAUCCUCCAUUAAAGCUAUGAGAAAGAAAGACCAAAAAAAAUCUACAUCUCCAACAAAAGCUGAAAGCUACCCUUUCCGACCAGGCACUGUUGCAGCUGCCUAAAUCACCUCACCAAGCAAAAUAAAACAAACAUAUAUCUACCUUGUAUAAACAGAGUUAAAAGAAAGACCUUGAACAAAGGACAUGGAGAUCCAUGAAGAAAAGGGCCAAGGAGAGGAAGAACAAGAAGAAGCAGCCUCUAUGAGGGUUUCUUUUUCCGGGUUUUUUAAAAAAAAAUCCCAAUUUUCUUGAGAAGAAACAUAUAUGCUAAAAGUUAACUGUGAAUGUUAUGAUAUAGGGUAUUAUAUGAGACUGUGAGAUAGCCUUAGAUUUGCUCUAUGAUAUGGCUCUUUUUUUGGGUGUUUUCUUUGGUGGAUAAUUAGAUUUGAUCCUUUUUUUCUUCUUAGGAAGUGCUAAUGAAUCAAUGAAGAAGAGGAAGGAAAGUUGUUUUUGGCUGUUCAUUUUCAUGAAUAUGGAAAGUGAAUGACAUGAAUGGAACUUGAUAAAAAAGAAGCUGUUUUGUUUUGUCGA